GGAACCGCACGUCUCUCCGCAGGUGACACCUUCCCGUUCGGCUGCGGCCCGGCGGCUGGCCCUGGGCCCGGGCUUGGCCUCGGGCGGCUGCCCCGGCCGGGUCCCGCCCCGCAGCCCCUCGGCGGGCGCGGGAUGGCGCCGCCGGCCCGCCCCCGCCUCCCGCGGACUUCCAGGCCGUGGCAGGGCGCUGUGGCCGCCGGCAGCGGCUCCCAGCCCGCCCCCUGCCCUCCGUGCGGCUCCGGCUCGCACACCCCCCGCCUCCCGCUGCCGGCUCUCCCCGCUCGGUCGCGAGUUCGGUCGAUUCACCCGCUGCCGGGCUUUGUUGGGCUCGGCGAGCCGCCGCAGCCGCCGGGCAGGGCAGAGCAGGGAUCGGGCAGCCUCCCCCCGAGCCCCCCAGGCAAAGCCCAUGUCCGCCGCGCCCGUCCGAUCCCCGACGCUGCGGCCCCACAGGAUGAAGAAAGACGAGUCGUUCCUGGGCAAGCUAGGCGGGACCCUGGCGAGGAAGAAGAAAGCCAAGGAGGUGAGUGACCUCCAAGAAGAAGGUAAAAAUGCUAUCAAUGCACCAAUGAACCCAAGCGCUGUGGAUAUCCACCCAGAAGACACACUAUUAGAAGAGAAUGAGGAACGCACCAUGAUUGAUCCUAACUCAAAAGAAGACCCAAAGUUCAAAGAACUGAUCAAGGUUCUUAUUGACUGGAUCAAUGAUGUGCUGGUGGAGGAGAGAAUCAUUGUCAAACAGCUUGAAGAGGACCUUUAUGAUGGGCAGGUGCUGCAGAAGCUGCUUGAAAAAUUGGCUGACCGUAAACUGAACGUGGCAGAAGUGACGCAAUCUGAAAUUGGUCAGAAACAAAAGUUGCAGACGGUCCUGGAAGCUGUCCAUGAUUUACUCCGACCCCAUGGCUGGACAAUCAAGUGGAAUGUUGACUCAAUCCAUGGCAAGAAUCUGAUUUCCAUUCUGCACCUCCUGGUAGCUUUGGCAAUGCAUUUCCGGGCUCCUAUUCGACUGCCUGAACAUGUAUCUGUACAAGUGGUAGUUGUACGGAAACGCGAAGGCCUCCUUCAGACAACUCACGUUACAGAGGAGCUGACGACUACAACAGAGAUGAUGAUGGGAAGAUUUGAGCGUGAUGCCUUUGACACACUCUUUGAUCAUGCACCAGACAAACUCAGCGUAGUCAAAAAGUCUCUGAUCACCUUUGUGAACAAACACUUGAAUAAACUGAAUUUGGAAGUAACAGAGUUAGAAACCCAGUUCGCAGAUGGUGUUUAUUUGGUUUUACUCAUGGGUCUUCUUGAAGACUAUUUUGUUCCACUUCACAACUUCUACUUAACACCUGAAAGUUUUGAUCAAAAGGUCCAUAAUGUUUCCUUUGCUUUUGAGCUGAUGCAAGAUGGAGGACUAAAGAAACCAAAAGCUCGCCCUGAAGAUGUUGUCAACUUGGAUCUGAAGUCCACCCUCAGGGUUCUAUACAACCUGUUCACAAAGUACAAGAAUGUUGAAUGACCCUGGAAGCUGCUGAGGCCUUCAUCCUUCCAACCUCCUUAGGCUGAAAUCACAAUAAACACACCCUCUGCACGCUCUCUUUGUGCCUUAUGCUAUAUUCCGUGCAUUCUUUCUACAGUUGAUAUGAUCUCUCUGUAGCUGUUUGUAUGACAAUCCCACUAAAAAUAAUGCAUGUGUAUUCUCUAGGUCACUUGAAAAUGUGUAGAUAUUUCACACUUUUACCAGAAGAUACUGUUGGGUCUGUUGUUUGUUAUAGUCAACAAAUGUUCUUUUGAUAAAGGAAAUAUACCACUAGCUACUUUAAAAAGCAGGGAAAACAUGAGACCUUCCUCAUGGCUGGAGACUCUUUGAUUCUCUUUUGCGUACUCCUUGGUUGCCACUGGCAUUUGAUAAUUUUUCAGGCUUAAGUGUUAGCAAUAGGAAAUCAGCAUUGGAAUUUAUUUAGAAGCUGAGCCUUUUCUGUUAAAUAAGGUUUUAUGUGUUCUCUUGGGUGAGUGGGGCUGAGGGAAUUACAGGCACUAUCUGAAGCUAAUGGUAAAAGUUUCAGUUUUUGUGUUAACCUCAUGCUACUCAGUGUUAUUUCCAUUCAGUGUUUACACAAAAUAAGUCUUGCAAUGGGAUAACCAGCUACUCUUUUGAUGUCUGUUUUUUAUUUCAUCUCCUUUCUAGGAUAAAAUUGAUUGCUACAGCCACUGCCAUGUGUUAAGCGUGCAGCUUCCAUCAGGUCAGUCAGGAGCUGGUCAAAUAGGCACAGGCUGGAUUAAUGCAUUUUGCCGUUGGUCCUUUCUGAAACAAACACGGGCAGUAAUGAGCUUGGCAGUUUAUAGGCUGACUCUUCAUUUCAUGAAGCUGAGUGAAAGGUUCAGAUUCAUUCCUGUUGGAGUUGCUGGCAGCUGUGCAGUUCUGGGGGUCAGGCAUUUAUAAACAGAGUUUUAUAUAUUUUCUUUCCUGAAGAGCGAAACUGAAUUCCUGUACAAAUGAGAGCUUAUGGAUUGCACUGGACUAUGCAAGACGUGGUAUACAAAGUGCAAGCCAAUGGUUAGCACUCAGAUGUGAAGCUCUUCAGUAAUCUGUUAUGCUAUAAACUAAUUUCAUGAAGUUGCCCUGUGCCAUCCCAAGACAUACUCUGCUAGCCUCUGGCCUAAUAGUAUUUUUACAAAGUCAUAGAAUUGUUUGGGUUGGAAGGGACCUUAAAGAUCAUCUAGUUCCAGGGACACCUUCCACUAGACCAGGUUGCUCAAAGCCCCAUCCAGCCUGGCCUUGAACACUUCCGGGGAUGGGGCAGCCACAACUUCCCCGGACAGCCUGUUCCAGUGCCUCACCACCCUCAUGGUGAAGAAUUUCUUCCUUAUAUCUAAACCAAAUCUACCCUCUUUCAGUUCAAAACCAUUAUGCCUUGUCCUAUCACCACGUGCCCAUGUAAAAAGUCCCUCCGCAGAUUUCUUGUAGCUGCCCUUUAGGUACUAGAAGGCUGCUGUAAGUUCUCCCUGGACCCUUUUGUUCUCCAGGCUGUACAACCCAAACUCUCUCAUCCUGUCUUCAUAGGAGGAGUGCUCUGGGUGUCUGAUCAUCUUCAUGGCCCUCCUCUGGACUUGCUCUAACAGGUCCACGUCCUUACACUGGGGACCGUGGGGCUGGAUGCAGUACUCCAGGUAGGGUCUCAAGAGUGGAGUGGAGGGGGAGAAUCACCUCCCUGGAGCUGCUGUUCAUGCUUCUUUUGAUGCAGCUCAGGAUAUGAUUUGCCUUCUGGGCUGCAGGCGCACGCUGCUGAGUCAUAUUGAGCUUCUCAUCAACCAACACCCCUAAGUCCAUCUCCUUAGGGCUGCUAUCAGUCUGUUCUCCACCCAGCCUGUAUUUGUGCUUGGGAUUGCCCCAACCCACAUGCAGGACCUUGCAGUUGGCCUUGUUGAACUUCACGCUGUCUGCGUGGGCCCACCUCUGAAGCACGUCAAGGAUCCCUCUGGAUGGCAUCCCUUCCCUCCACUAUGUCGACCGCAGCACACAGCUUGAUGUCAUCAGCAAACUUGCUGAGGGCGCACUUGAUCCCACUGUCCGUGUUACUGACAAAGAUGUUAAACAGCACCAGUCCUAAUACUGAUCCCUGAGGAACCCCACUUGUCACUGGUCUCCUCUCGGGCAUCAAGCCAUUGACCGCAGCUCUUUGAGUGCGACCAUCCAGCCAGUUCCUUAUCCACUGAGUGGUCCACCUGUUGAAUCCACGUCUCUCCAAUUUAGAGACAAGGAUCUUGCAUGGGACAGUGUCAAAUGCUUUGCACAAAUCCAGCUGUUGUGGAUCUCAGUGGGAAUCAGUUUUUAAAGAAGGAUUGCUGUAUUUAUCUGGUAGAGGCUAGUUACCUCAGAAUACUCAAGAGGUUUCAUCUGUAGGGCUGUUCCUGGCAGGUGAUGUGCAGGUGCAGCUGUGUGUACAAGGAGGCUGUGCUGGAAUGUGAGCUGAGUAGGUUUUUGAAGAGAGCUGUGCAAAGGAAAUUACAUCACAAUUUCCAGAGUAAAUUAUUUCUGUAAUAUGUAUAUGAUAGCAGUCCUUUCCUCGGGGUGCAUAGAGGAGAGAUUUGACUACUGCUUUUAUGUAUCACAGCAGCAACUUUUCUUUUAUGGGCAGCCAUGAUUUUGUGUGAAACAUUAGGCUGAGUGCCCCAAGGAAGAGGCAGGCAGCAUUGCUCUGCUCCAUGGGCUCACUUCAGUCCAGCUGUAAGCAGGCAUUUCUUUUUUUUUUCCCUAAAAAUUGAUUUCUUAUAACAAUCUUUACUUACUCUCCUAAGUUCAAGAGGAAAAGUGCUGUUUGAAUGGUAUAAUUUACAACUGGGAUUUUCUCCUUCCCUCCUUAAGUUCUUCAUAAUCUCAGAGGGAGAGAAAUGGGCUUCUACUUCUUUGUUUCACAUUUUGGGGUUCAGAGUUCUAGUACUGAGUUAUCUGGCACCUCCCCUCACACCUCCAAAACGAAGAUAGAAGGAAGCUGCUGUUUUCUUUCCAUGGAAAAUUCACAUCUCAUGUGCUCGACAAGGCUCUGUGGGGAAUCAUUGCUUUUCUGUACUUCAGGAGGGAGCUGGUGGGUCAGGUCUCGUGGCAAGUUAGUGAAACUGCUCUUUCAUGCUGUGAAAUAGGGGUAGCAUGAGUCUGGAAAGUGAACUGAAAGGUGUCUCAAACUUUUAGUUUAAUGCGGUGUUUCUUGUGAGAAACCAGUCUGUUAAAGAGCUGUCAUUCCACCCACCUCCCUUCAGCUGAUGUGGAAGUGUCGAUGCUGUUUAUAUUCUCAGAGGUGCUGGGAAAGACCUCCAGAGAAAUCUAGUUUUUGAAAUGGCAAGGAAUAUUGAUAUCACAAGUAGAGAGAAAGUAGCAAGAAGAGACUGGUGAGAGGAGCUUGGCUUUGGGAGGGAGGAUGGCUGUUUCUGAGGUGGGUAUUUACAGCUGGCAUCCUCGCUGUGUGAGAGCAUAUGUGAGCAUACCACCAAGUUUUAAGACAGUCUCUGUUCUGUUCAGUUAAGUGUUUCUGGCCACUCUGCAGAAACCUGAGUCCUUCCUCUGCAACCGGAGGCAUAGGUUCCUUUGAUUAAUAACCCUGUCAGUGAAGACUGCAGGUUUGAUGCCCUGAACACAUUGUGGGCAGGUGUCAUACCCUGUUUUGUUGCUUUUAAGUCUGUUGGCAAAUGUUGCAUAGGGGAAAAAUAUAUUUUUCAUUCUUUUGCUCCUUGCUGUCUAGCCAGGUCACUGUUCACAUAGAUGCUGUAUUUAUUGUUAACCAGACUGGGAGCAGGUUGGUUUUAGCUGAACCGGAGCUUCAAGCAGUCCAGUUUACAGGAAGAGCAAUGUAGGUGAAGCUUCUCUAACCACCUAUUUUUGUCAUGCUUUUCUCUUACAAACUGGAACACGAGAGGUUCCACUUAAAUUUGAGAAGAAACUUCUCAGUGAGGGUGCCAGAGCACUGAACAGGCUGCCCAGGGGGGUUGUGGAGUCUCCUUCUCUGGAGACAUUCAAACCCGCCUGCACACAUUCCUGUGUAACCUCAUCUAGCUGUUCCUGCUCCGGCAGGGGGAUUGGACUAGAUGAUCUUUUGAGGUUCCUUCCAAUCUCUGACAUUCUGUGAUUCUGUAAUAUGCAUGAUACUUAAGUUCUUUUCCUCUAGAAAAGAUUAAAUCAGUGUUUAAAAUGUUAUUAAUGAAUUCUGUGUUAUGGGAGCUUUAGGUAUGUUUCCUGGCUGCCUGUUGAGUUCAUCUGGAAUGCUGGAUGCUUGGCAGCAUUAAAGCUUCCACAUUUCUAAGUACUCAAUGAAUGCCUGUCUUUUCCAGCCCAUACAGCUUGCCUUUUCCAGCCCAUACAUCUGCUUGGCAUACUCAAUUCCAGUGAGUUUUAUUACCACAAAAAGAAGCCCAGAUACGUCCCAUUUCUCAAGAUGAAAAUUCAACAGUGGCAGAUUUUUUAAAAUCAGUUUAAACUUUAUAGGACUUCUUACCCCUCUUCCCCACACUGCAGUGCUUUCAGUAUUAAUGUAUUUUUUAAGACUCUUUUCUACUGUUUUAAAGUGUUUACUCUGGAUUUCUAACUACUAAAAACCAGCCUUGCAGAUAAAAUUCUGGACUUGUCAUAUACUGGAGACAUCCAGCUUUAUGACAGGAGUUGUGUACUGUAAGCAAGUUACAAUGCAAUGCUAAGUUUGCUAAAAAUCACAGCAGGAGUGUUGAGCAUUGUUUGUGACAGUUGUACUAUUUAUUCAAAUAAAUAAAUGAUGAUCA